AUGUCGGACGAGGCGAGCAAAUACUUCUUCGAAGAGAGGUCAGUCAGUGUCUCGUAGGAGUCAUCAAAGUGAUAAUAAUUACAGAUCGGACUCAACCAACCAUACUCCAAUUAACGAAUCCGCCUCUCGCUUUAGCCAGACGGUUUUUCUUGAAUUGUACAAAAAAGCUGGGAUCAACGGUGAACCAUUCUCCGGAUCUUCGGUGCCCAGCGUCCGUGACUCGGCGCUUCCCAUCAGAUAUCCGACUCCGCAACCCCUUCCGGAUCUUUCGGCGCUCGCUCGAUUCGUGUCCGGUGCUCCCCAGUCACCGGUUCCUCGUCCACGGACCAUCACUCCGGCUGCAUCUUUCGCGAGCCUCUCGUCUACGAGCUCGGACACUCCGCAACCAAAUUCAAUCAGAAGAGUUGGAAACAUUGCCGACGCGUCCAAGUUCAAAGCGAAAAGAGUGUUUCUUCUGGCCGCCCGUAGACUUCGCAAUGCCGACGGAUCCUUUGCUCUGAUCCUCGUCGAACCAAAGUCCGGGAAGAGAUUCAUUGAAAACGAGAAAGUGUACAAUGAAGUGCACAGACUGUCGCUCGGCGACUUUUUCACUGCUCAGACGGACGGGAAAUCGCUGAGCGUGCACAGAAAGAUCAAAAAUCACGGGGGAGGAUUGAAAACUUCCGUGCAGGGGGAUCUCGUUCAUGUGAGUUGCAUCCAAUUGAUAUUGAUCAAACAGCAACGAGUUUUACAGGUCGAAAACGUUCAAGCGACACUUGUCAACAGAAACGGAGUACUGGCAUUCAGAAGCAAGUAUUUCGACGACGCACAUUGCAACGAAAAGAUGCCAGAGGGAGAAUACAUCAUCAAGUUAUUUGCGUGAGUUGAUUAUUGCUAUUGUGUAUGUGCACUUUGUGCUGUUUGUUACAGUCUUGAGCCACCUCAAACGACGCCGUCGAAGAAGUUCUUCUUCCAUGCAUUCAGUUUCUGUCAAGUGUCCGCAGCUGGAAAGCUCAUCCAAGGAGCCGGAUUCGCAAAAAAAGAAGAUGAACCAUUGGUACCCAUGCUGCAGAAUCUGACUGUCGGCACUGGAUUCGCCUCCCAGAAGUACGAGGCCAUCAUCAGAUUCUGGUUUGCCGCCAGAAGAGAGAAGAACGCCGACGGAACAACCUAUCUGGUGCUGGUGGCUCCAAAAACUGGAGAGCGAGCCAAUGUGAACGAGGAGCUGCCGAGGAGUGCCAAUGUCGUGCUCGGAGACUUUCUGACCGCCAAACAUUGUCCCGGAAGCCCACUGAAGGACUUCAAGAAGACACAGCAUAAUGCACAGCUGAAGGUGCAAGUAAACGGAGAUGUGGCAUACGUAAGUGUUUUGAGAGAAAAAAGAGAGAAGAAAGUGCGAGAUUUUAGGUGGAAGACGUGAAGGUGACGGUGGUGAAUGUGAACGGGAAGUCCUUCUUCAGAGGGCAAUACUUUGCACAAGCCAGCUCAAGGACUUAUGUUAACGAGGGAGAGUACCUUGUGAGAAUCAAUCUGUAAGUGCGAUGGGCUGAUAGGAAUUGCAUUCAUGUCUUGUUUCAGCCUCCAAAAACCUGCCGUAGUCAGUCCGACAGUGAAGGUGCACUUCGCAGGAACACUGCCAAAGCCCGUUGGUGCAGUUUGUGGAGCCGGCUUCGCACCUUCUCCUCCUCCUCCUCCUCCUCAACUCCAAGUCGGUGCAGGAUUUACAGCAGCCAACUUGACAAAACUGAAGGCCGUGGUUCUGGACGUGAAAAGAGAGACGGGCACUCAUUUCCUCUGGGUCUUCGAUAAGAAAACGUAAGUUCCCCUCCUUCAAAUUCCCUCGAGUUUCUAAUGUUUUCACUUUCAGAGAGGGCUACUUUGUCUCCAAUACCCGUCCGCUUCAGAAGGGACACUUCUUCGAGGCACUAUUCACGCAGCAGGUAUUGUGACAUUUUAUGCAAUUUUUAAGAAAACCCAUUUCAGCCGAAUGGAAAAUGGACAAGUCAACAGUACGAGAAAGCGAUUGAGUAUCCGAUCAAAGGAGGUCUGGAUGCCUACGAGAAAGUUUGGUUCCAAACAAUCUUGGAGCAUUAUCAACCGGCAUCCUUCAAUCUGAGAUACGCCCAGGCAACAUCCGAUCAUUUCGGAAUCAUUGUGAGUUUGAAAUGAGCAGAAGCAUUAUAGUAAAAGAGUAAUUUCAGGUGGACGUCGAUUCGAAACUCCCGUCGGAUUUCAGCAAGAAACAGGUGAACAUUCAACGUCGCAGACUCGGAUCCGAGUACGUCUGGGUGGUCUCCGAAGUUCUCUAA